UCUAAUGUAGCUGAGUUUUCUCAGCGCGUUGCGUUACCUGCAAACAUGUAUGUGCGACAUAUCUGACUAGAAAAUUAUGCACGAUUGUGCAUCAUAAUGUACGAGAAGUAAAGGAGUUUUAACAUAAACCUAACAUAUGUGACACCAGAAGAACGGAAUACGAUCGUGACGUCGCAUACGGACUUUGUUCUGUCAUGUAAAUCAUCUCUUCCCAUCUCUCUCAGAAUCACGCUGUCAUUCAUGAAGUGAAUAAAUAUCGGUGAUAAUUUUAUCAUAAACAGCAUCUGUGCGGAUUCGCGUAUUAACGUGCUGCGCUAUCGAGCUGCAGAAUAUGGAUAAGGAGACUGAAGAAGAUCGAAGAGGUUAUGUAAAUGUUACUUGCGGAGAAGGUGGUCACCGAUUUUGCGAGGUAAUAAUUCAGAUGAAGAAAAACAAAAUAUCUCUUCUGAAUCAUCAGAUAUAGAAGAUUCCGGGAUGGAGAGGCUACGUAAAUUCCUAACUCAAAAGCUGAGACUUAUAGAUUCGUCGAACAAUGACCAAGACGAUGAAUCACAACAGAGAGUUCUUCGUGAACUCAGUCUAGAUGGAAUUGUGGAAUAUAUUAAAGAGCAUGAGAAUUGUAAAAUUAUUACUAUGGCAGGUGCUGGAAUCUCUACCUCUGCUGGAAUACCGGAUUUCCGGUCUCCGUCUAGCGGACUAUAUCAUAAAUUAGACAAAUAUAAUUUGCCCCAUCCACAAGCUAUUUUCGAGUUAGAUUUUUUUAUAAAAAAUCCAGAGCCGUUUUUUACCCUUGCAAGGGAACUAUUACCGGAAGGUUUCAAACCUACCGUGAGUCAUUAUUUUAUUCGUCUAUUGUGGGAGAAGGGUUUGUUGCUGCGGCAUUAUACACAAAAUAUUGACACGUUGGAACGCGUAGCUGGACUACCCGCGGACAAAUUAGUGGAAGCUCAUGGAACGUUCCACACCGGUCGUUGUCUUAAAUGUCGUGCGCCGUAUACGCUUUCAUGGAUGAAAGAAAAGAUAAUAGAAGGUGUAAUACCAAAAUGUGAAGAGUGUGAAGAAGGUGUAGUAAAACCUGAUAUAGUCUUCUUUGGUGAGAUGCUGCCUGAACGUUUUCAUUUACUCACUGGCCGAGAUUUUGCACAGGCUGACCUUUUAAUUAUUAUGGGAUCAAGUUUAGUGGUACAGCCUUUUGCGUCCCUGAUAGACAGAGUGCGACCCAAUUGCCCACGUUUACUUAUCAACAAUGAAAAAGUAGGCAUGCAAGAUCGUCUGUCACGUUUCUUAGGUUUGCGACAAGGUUUGGUAUUCGAUUCUAGAAGCACACAUUCAGGACGUGACAUAGCUUGGUUGGGUGAUUGCGACACAGGUUGUCAAUUGCUGGCUGAUAAACUUGGCUGGGGGGAUGAAUUACGAGCUCUUGUCCAAAGAGAACACGAAAGUUUGAGCACUGAAAACAGAAACGAAAAAUAAAUAAUAAUAAUGGGAUAAAAACGAUAAUUGCUACAGAGCCGUCUAAGAGAGGAAAAGAUCAACAUUUUAUUUUAUAUAUUUUGUGUUAAUCAUUGAAGAACAUAUUUAGAAGAAAAAAUUUUGAGGUAGGUAAUCUAUGUUGUUGGAACUAUAAUAAAACCUAUAAUGUAAUUAAUGUAAAGAUUUACCUACUAUCGUUCUGUUGGUUUCUUCCAUUGCUCCUUAGCAAAAGCUUAGUAACAAAUAUCAAUGUAUAGUGUUAGAGAUGUUGAUCAUACAAAAUAAGACCGUUCUUACCACUCGUCGCUUCUGUACAAGAAAUUACAGUGUCGUAGAGGUAUGGGUUAAAAUGAUGUAUAUGAUGGAUUUAUCGAAGUAAUAUAUCUUAAUAUUUAUUUAACAAUGAACGGUUUAAUAAUGACUUCUUUAGCUUCUCGUUGAUGCAUUUGCCCGUCUCCAACAGCUGGUGCUGCCAUGGUUUCUCGACCGCAGUAUUUCAACUGAAAAUGAUUGUCCAUUAAUCCCUAUUAUACUGGUGAAAGAAUUAAUCGACAAAGUUGAUGUGAAAUUUCUUUUUUUAUAACACGAUGCAACUCACUUGUCUUCCACAAAGAUUUUCGAAACGUGACUUAACAAAACUCCACGCUCCCAUGUUCCGCGGUUCUUCUUGACUCCAAACGAAAACUGAUAACACACGAAAUGCAAAACACUAUUUCAAAACGCUUUUACAAAAACAAUUGUAUUCUUAAUAUACAAUAAUAUCGUAUUAUUAUAUAAAUCGAUUAUAUUAAAUGAUUAA